UAUUUUUGCCUCCAAACGAUUCGUAUCUUUUAGCGCCUCAACAGCAGAAGCACGACUCUUGUUCCUCUGCUGAAAAAAGUCACUCUCUGUGUUUUUCUUGUUCUUUUUGAAAUCUCAACCGCCAAUGGCAUCAAAACUCACCUCAUUACCAAAUUCUCUCCUUCCCAAAAAUCCUAAUAGCCACCUCCUCCUCCCCCUUAAACCUAAUUCCUCCACCGCUACCUUCGCUAAUUUCGCCACCCAUAACAAGCCCAUUUCAAUCAGAUGUACAGCCGCAUCAACAGCUCCAGUCUCGCCAAUCCCCGCAACCGAAGAUUCCGAGGACCGUGUAUUCAAUUUCGCUGCCGGUCCUGCCAUCUUACCUGCCAACGUCCUCAAGAAAGCCCAGGCGGAGCUCUAUAACUGGCGCGGAUCUGGCAUGAGCGUAAUGGAGAUGAGCCAUAGAGGGAAAGAAUUUCUCUCUAUUAUUCAAAAGGCUGAGGCUGAUCUCCGUGCUCUCUUGAAUAUCCCGGAAGAUUACGCCGUUCUGUUUCUCCAGGGUGGCGCGACCACCCAGUUUGCUAUGAUCCCGUUGAAUCUUUGCAAGCCCGAUGACCCGGUUGAUUUCGUGGUUACUGGGUCGUGGGGAGAUAAGGCUUUCAAGGAGUCACAGAAGUUUUGCAAGCCCAAGGUGAUUUGGUCUGGGAAAUCUGAAAAGUAUACGAAAAUUCCAUCUUUUGAUGCUUUAGAGCAAAGUCCAGAUGCUAAAUAUUUGCAUAUUUGCGCUAACGAGACCAUUCAUGGAGUUGAGUUCAAGGAUUACCCAACUCCCAAAAAUGGGAUUUUGGUGGCUGACAUGUCUUCAAAUUUCUGUUCAAAGCCUGUAGAUGUUUCCAAGUUUGGUUUGAUCUACGCUGGAGCUCAGAAGAAUGUAGGGCCAUCUGGGGUUACAAUCGUGAUAAUCAAGAAAGAUCUGAUUGGAAAUGCUCAAGAGACAACUCCUGUGAUGCUGGACUACAAGAUCCAUGCGGAGAACAAUUCACUCUAUAACACUCCUCCUUGUUUUGGCAUAUACAUGUGUGGUUUGGUCUUUGAGGAUCUUCUGGCACAGGGUGGAUUAACAGAGAUUGAAAGGAAGAACAAGAAGAAAGCAGAAUUGCUUUACAGUGCCAUUGAUAAGAGUAAUGGGUUCUACAGGUGCCCUGUUGAAAAAUCUGCAAGAUCAUUGAUGAAUGUACCAUUUACACUUGAGAAGUCUGAUUUGGAAGCUGAGUUUAUCAAAGAAGCUGCUAAGGAGAAGUUGGUUCAGCUUAAAGGGCACAGAUCAGUGGGAGGAAUGCGAGCUAGCAUUUACAAUGCAAUGCCGCUGGCUGGAGUGGAAAAGUUGGUUGCUUUCAUGAAAAACUUCCAGGCAAGGCAUGCUUGAAUCAGUGAUUGAUUUGAGAGUCCAAUUUCCCUUUAGUUUUGGUGGUGGGGCUUCAAAGGCCUCUUAUGAAUGAUAAUAUUGUUAGAGAUGCAUAAAAUUUUUGGACUUCUCUUGUUUCUGUUUAGUUUGUAUCUUAAUGCAAUCUUAAAAUUGACAUGUUUA